AUGCGGCAGGAAAAUGCGCGCGGGCGCGGAGCACAUGCGCCUGGCCAGCGCCCGUACCAGCGUCGCCAUGAGAAUUCAUGGCGUAGUAACUCCCGAUAUGCCCAUCCACGACCGCCUCCUGAGGCGGAAACGCACCCACGUUACAACAGCCACCAUCGGUCAUUCUCUCCGUCGCAGAGUAGCACCAGCGGCAGGUGGUGGCAUCGAUACCCACAUGGACGCUCAGACGAACCAGAUCGAAAGCGUCGACGCGAUAAUACGCCGCCUCCUCCUCGACAGGCACCCUCUACUCGCUUCGACCGCUCAAAACCGCCACUUCGCGACGAGAAUCGUCACUUGGCUCGCAGACAAAAUCAUGACUUGUCCGCGCAAGGACACUUUGAUCGAUCACGGCAUACGCCUACUUCUAGGUGGCAAUCAGGAAAUAAUGAGGCGCCACCUCAGCAGCAUGAAACAACACCGGAUGCUCAGGAAGCGAAACCGCCUCCUCCGCCUCCAGGUCCGCCGCCGAUGAAACCCAAGCCCAGUCGCCUCGAACGUGCUCCUUCAGACACCACGUCUUCUCUUGUUGAUGCCUACGAAAUUGUUGCGCAGGUAGGCGAGGGCACGUAUGGCCAGGUCUACAAGGCAAGUGCUGGCUCAUCGAGCCGAUUGGUGGCCCUAAAAAAGAUCAGAAUGGACAACGCUAGAGAAGGUUUCCCUGUCACAUCUAUGCGUGAGAUGAAAUUGCUUCAGGCGCUACGCCAUGAAAACGUGAUUCGUUUGCACGAGACUAUGACGAGCCGCACGGGAUCUGUAUACAUGGUGUUUGAGUACAUGGAGCAUGAUUUGAAUGGCUUACUCGUGCAUCCGGAAGUGUCUUUUACGCACGCGCAUAUCAAGUCUCUAGCGCAGCAGCUGCUUCGUGGCUUGGCUUACCUGCACUAUCGAGCUGUACUACACCGUGAUCUUAAAGGAUCAAACUUGCUGCUGAACCGGCAAGGCAUACUCAAAAUUGCCGACUUUGGUCUUGCACGAACGUACUACAAGCGCAAGAAGGGUGAUUAUACGAACCGUGUUGUGACGCUGUGGUAUCGGCCACCAGAGCUGCUUCUUGGCGCUACGCAAUACGGCGCGGAAGUCGAUGCAUGGGGCGCGGGCUGCCUCUUUCUCGAGCUUUUUCAGCGUCGUGCAGUAUUCCAGGGUCGUGAUGAAAUUCACCAGUUGCAGGUCAUGACGCGAGUGCUCGGUCCACUAUCGCCUGAGGCGUGGCCCGACGUCCAAUAUAUGCCGUGGUACGAGCUCAUGCGACUCGAACACAAGAACGAUGCCUCGAAAGAUACCCAAAGCUCCUCUACUGUGGGAACGUUUCACAGCGACUUUGGCGGUUUGCUCACGGAGGGAGCGAUGUCGUUAGCGGAAGGACUUCUUGCGUACGACCCUCGGCGGCGUCUGAGCAUGUGCGAAGCACUCCAAUGCCCCUAUUUCACGAGCGAGGCACCAGCGCCUGAGCCACCCGCCGAGCUUCUAUCUUCUCUCGACGGCGAAUGGCAUGAACUGCAAUCCAAGCUUGCGCUGCGCCACGCCCAACACCAGGCCUCCAAGCAGGUUCCUUAG